GGCAAAAGUCAGCCCUGCCUGAUCGACCACCGUACCACCGCGACAAUGCUUGUCUGGGUGUAAGCCUCUGUGCUGGUUGUUCAUUCUUUCGCACUGCUCGCUGUCUCGCUUUCUUCUCCCAGCAGCCACAUCUCCCAGCCUUUCCUAGCGCAGAUCAUCACUCCACAAUCCUCCAAGCCUCGACGCAAUGGCUGAAGUCGAGCCGCAGAGCAUCAAGUCGCGCAUCGCGGCGCUGAAUCUGGAAAAAGUCCACGCACCCGCUCCUGGCUCGCGCCCAACCUACAGCUACGAUGCUGUCACUUCUGCGAAGAAGAAGCCGCCCCCACCUCCGCCGGCGCAUCGGCCGCCCCAGCUGCGGCACCAGACCGUGAACAACCCGCCCAUACAAGACAGCCUGCCUACCUCGACACAUCGCAUAGGCAACCAGCCGCAAAUCGAGCAGCCCGCACCGAGAGUCUCGCCUGCGCUCCCACCACGUCCACCACCCCGCAAUCACAGCCAGAAGUCGCCAGCCUUGCCCCCGCGCAGUUCCUCCGACCGCAGCGUGACGCGGCGCGAGUCGUCUGAAUCCAUAUCCACGAUCGCCUCGGGUGUUUCUACGCUCUCUCUGGGCUCAGUCAAGACAAAUGGCAGCAACGGUAGCACAUUGUACCAGGUGCGCGCACCCGCGUACGACCCUUCGAAACUGCCCCCACUGCCACCAAAGAAGCAGGAGGAGUCGAAGAGUGCUACGAGAGCCGCGAUGACGAGCAAGCGGGGUGUCGUGGCCAGUCGAGAGUUGCCGCCGCAGAUCAAGCCAUCGGCUCCUGCUCUGCCCUCCAGACCAUCGCUGCCGCCUAGGCAACCAGCAAAUGUCUCUUCAAAUGCCUCGCACCGCUCGUUCGAACGACCCAUCCCUGCACUGCCUAGUCGAUCCGCGACGACGAUUGAGAUGAAGAGAGCUAUCGUGCCGCCGCCGCAACGACCCGUACGAUCCGCUCUGUCACUAGGCUUCAAUAACAAGGCUACUGUCGAGCCGCCGCCAGUCCCUUCGAGUCGACCUGUGCCUGGGGUCAAUGGCGCACCGCCGCCAAUCCCGACUUCUUCCAGACCGAACCUCGACGCCAUCCUGGCGUCGAAGCCCACGCCAGGAGCUGUGGCGCAGUGUCUCAUAUGUCGCGAUUUCUCAGGCCCAGAUAGCCACGCUGCCAAGUUUCCUCGCCAAUCACUGCCGUCAUCAGAUGUUGGCUAUCUUGCUUCGCUGCUUUGCGAUCCUUUCCCGUCAGCUACCGAUAAGGCGCGGGCCAUCUUCACAUGGCUGCAUCUCAAUGUCGAUUACGAUGUGAAGAACUUCUUCGCAGGCACCAUCCAACCGUCGACUCCCGAGAAGACGAUCACGAGUGGCAUGGCUGUGUGCGAAGGCUACGCCGGUCUUUUUGCGGCUCUCGCACUGAAGGCGGGGCUCAACUGCAUCGUCUGCUCUGGUGCUAGCAAAGGCUUCGGCCACAGCCCCAUUGGACCGAAUGAUCCAGUUCCUCCUUAUAAGUCGACUCAUGCCUGGAAUGCUUGCCAGAUCGACAACGGUGUUUGGAAGCUAAUUGACCCGUGUUGGGGUGCGGGCCACCUCGGCUGUCAGCUCAAGAACGAGGGCUACAAACGAUCCUUCAGUCCUCAGGAGUUUGCAUCGUCCAAUAUGGACUUCGGCAUGAGACAUUACCCUGGAGAUAGCUCGCAGCAAUUUCGUGAGGACGGGCGUAUACUGUCUUACGAAGAGUUUAUGAGGGACGAUGCCGGUGGCAGGGUGACGGUCUACGGAGACGCACAGCAGGAAGGCCUUGGCAAUCGAACCUUUGAGCCCGCGUCGUUUAACAUCAAAGUCAACAAUGCUGUUGGCCCUCCCACCAUACGGUUCCAGUUCGCCUCUGUUUGCGAGCACUGGGACAACGCACGACACGGCAAGGGCAAACCACUCGUUAUGCUGUUGUCCAUCGGCGGUGUCGAUGGUCGCAACUCCGAGUAUCGACCGUUCAAUACCAACGGGCAGGUAUGGUGGCUUGAUGUUCCCCGCGCUGAGUUGGGCUGUUCAGGUCAGAAGGUCAAUGUCUACUCGGUGACAAGGUUCUGUGACAGGGACGCGAGAGGCUUGACAUAUGAAGAGUGGAACAACAAGACGGCCUACAGCGCUGCUUUCGGAGGCAUUGCUAUGUGGAACUUAGUUUGAUGGGGAUAAACAAGACCUCCAGGCCUGGAGAAGCAGCGUGAUGAUGGAUACCCUGGGAUUUAGUCGUACGUGUAGUUAAUGUUAAUGGAGAUCUGGUCGCAACGUUCUGUG